AUGAGUAGGGUUUCAGAAAUAAGUCGUUUGACAUGGUUGAGAACUGAGGCAAGCAUGGAAGUUUUGUCGAAAUUAAAUGAUCCAAUGAACCCUAGUGAGACAGUGAUAGUGAUUCGUUCUCUGGUUCCCGGUGGUGUUGCUCAACUAGAUGGACGUUUAAUACCUGGUGAUCGUCUUCUGUCCGUUAAUUCAGUGGCUCUUGAUAAUGCAUCAUUAGAUCAAGCAGUCCAGGCUUUAAAAGGAGCUCCAAAGGGCAUUGUUCGCAUUGCUGUGGCUAAACCACUUCCCAUACCAGACUCCGUAUCCAACAGUCAGGUGAGUGAUCCCCCACGUGCAUCCACAACACAUCACGGCGAAUAUUAUAAUGAUGUUGCUGAAGGUUCAGCUUCACUCGUCAAAUCUGAAAGCUUUUAG